AUGAAUCUUCUUUUGCUGUCUUUGCUUAUUAUACAAAACGUUACCAGCUACAUUGAGAAUUUUAAAAAUGGCGUCAACACACAAUUUGUUAAAGACAAAGUGAAGUGCGGCCCUGGAAAUGAGGUGCACAAUUUGAACACCCUGAAUGGGGCAGACGCCCGAGGCAAUAACGCAGCAUCUGGCUCAUAUUUCAAUUCUCAUCAUGCCAAAAUAGAUGUGAAAAAGUUGGACUCCCUUUUGAAUGCAUCUACCUAUCUGAACCCAAUUCGGUAUCUCCUAAAAAGUAGUGAAUCCAUGAAAAUACUCACCAAUUCAGCUAGCCAAUUAUCACCAUACAGGUUGUCCAGAAAACUCAACAAUGAUUCUUCAAACUACGAGGACGGCGAAGAAGACGAUGACAGUUUUCUUGAAACAGAUGAAAAUGAUAACCUGAUUGAUAAGGAUGAGGAUAACGCAGACAAGGAUCAAUUCGAUGAUGAAAAUGGGGAGAGCUUUCUUGAAACAGACGAGUAUGAAGAUGUAGGUGAUAAUGAGAGUGAUGAUUUUGCGGACGACCAUGAACGAAGCUUCAUUGAAAAGGAAGAAUAUGAUGACGCCAGUGAUAACGAAAAUGACGAAUUCUACGAUGAAGAUGCGGACAGCUUUCUUGAGCAAGAGGAGUAUGAAGAUGUGGGUGAUAAUGACAAUGACGAAUUUGAUGAAGAGCAUGCGGAUAGCUUCCUAGAAAAAGAGGAUGCCGAUGAUGGUGAGGCCAAUGGAAAGGACUACAAAGAGGAGUACCAAAAUAAAAUGACUGAUGAUGAUUACCCUGAUGAGUAUGUUGGAUCAGAUGACCUCAACAACAACAACACGGCAACCACUAACAACGAUGACGAAAAUGGAAACAAUGUGAAGGGAAACAAAAAUAAAGAAAAGGAAAGCUUCUUAGAACACAAUGUUAAUGAACACACAGAGGAAGACAAUGAAAAGCACAGCACCUUUGUGUCUAGCUAUUUAGAUAAUGAUAAUAUGGACGACAAAUACAAUCAUGAAUUUGAUGAUGAGGGUAGCUUUUUGGAACAGGAUUCGUACAGGCAUAAUGAGGAUGAGCAGAGCGACGACACGUUUGAUGAGUACGACGAGGAUAGCUUCCUGGAGCGCGGAGAAAUCGGAACCCCAUACACUGACUUGUACGAGGAGGACGCCGACGAGGAGGACGCCAAGAAUGCCGAGGACGACGCCUUCGACAAUUACCACCUCAAUGAGAUGACCACCACCGACGAUGUUCACUCCUUUAUACAAAAAGACUUGAGCUACAUUGAUGACAUACUUAAUGACCACGUAACUAUAAAGGAUGCCGUGAAGAAGGGAUCCAAGAAGGCAAUGAAGCAACCCACUCACAAGAUGAGCCUUCUUGACGACGCACAUUUUGAAGAUAAUGAAUCCUUUUCAAAUGAUGAACUCAAUGGGUUCAUGGAGGAAAAUAUGGAUGCUUCUAACUUAGAUGCGACACAGGCUACAACGACCUUGGGUAACACGGCAAAUAAGAAUAACACUACUAACAGUAACAACCAGACGAACAACAAGCACACCGAUUUGUCCAACGAAGAUCUGUUCAAUGACGAACUCACAGAGGAGGUCAUUGCAGAUUCGUACGAAGAGGGAGGAAACCUAGGAACAGAAGAAGGUGCAAAUCUCAACAAUCCCUUGGACGCAAAUCUGCUAGACCAGGGAGUCAAUGAAAACACCUUGCUCAACGAUAACAAUAUGAUUUACAACGCAAAAAUGGUUCCACAUAAGAAGCGAGAAUUGUACAUCUCCCCACACAAGCAUACCUCUGCGGAACACAAUACAAAUGGCACACACCACAACAUGGACUUGGACGCCUUAGAAAAUAACAAACUAAAGGCUCACGAAUUGCUGGAAUUGGAAAAAGGAGAGGGCAACAACUCAGUCAUUGUUGAAACGGAAGAAGUCGAUGUUGACCUAAACGGAGGAAAGUCAAGCAGCACCGUGUCCUUUCUCAGCUCCGUAGUUUUCCUUCUCAUCGGAAUGAUGAACUUCCCGAACAUCUCCAAGAUGGUGGCCCCGGGAGGGGGCGGGGUGAAGCACACCUUGGUGGACGACAAGGGUGGGGAACACAUCACAGGGAAUUUCGACCCCACGGCUCUGGAAAGAGGAGCAAAGGCCCUGAAGGAGCUCGACCAGUCAUCCAAUUCGAAAAAGGCAUUCGAGCUCAUCAAGUUGCAGGAGCUGACCAAGCAAAAGGAAUAUGAAAAACAAAUGGAAGAGCUAGCAUUACAAAAGGCUCAAUACCUUAGCAACAGAAUGAGGAUAGAAAAUGAAGAGAAAAGGAAAACUAUAAAUUAUCAACAGGAACAAGAGCGCAUCACAGCCGAAUACAAAACCAGACUUGAAGCAGAAGCAUAUCAGAAGAAGCUACUAGAUCAACAGAAGCAAAACGAAGAAUGGCUGAAAAAUCAACAUGAACAAUAUUUGAGACAAGAAAAUAUUCGAAAGAGAAACGAACUUGAAUUAUUAAAUUUAAAAAUGAAACAGAUUAGAGAAGAAAAAUUAAUGGAAAGGGAAAACAUGAAAGCAAAAAUACAAGAAGAAAAUAAAGGACUUAUUGAAAGAGAAAGAAAAAAUUUGGAUAUACAUUUGAAGACAUUAAGAUUGAAAGCAGAUGAAGAAAGAAAAACCAAGCUGGAAAGUAUAAAUAAAUAUUUUGAGCAAUUUAAUAAUUCCAUGUUUUUAUUUUUAAAUGAUAAGGAGAGGUUAUACCGAUUUGUCAUGGUAGUUACACUCACCUCUGUGGGAAUUUACACCACUAAACACACCACAAGAUUGAUCAGGUCCUAUGCAGAAACGAAGUUGGGGAAGCCAAAGCUAAUUAGAGAGACUUCCCUAUGGCACAUUAACAAAUUUUUUGACAUUUUUAACUUAAAAAAGAAUAUUCUGCUGAUGAAAACAGUUUUAAAAAGAAGAGACAAAAAGGAGAGCAAUUUUUUUAACAACAUUGUGUUAAAUGAAGAGUUACAAGAAAAGCUAAGUUGGUCAAUUAAUAGCUUAACGAAUUCGAAAAAGUAUGAUCUUCAUCUGAAGAACAUUUUACUUCAUGGUCCUCCAGGUACAGGAAAAACUCUGUUCGCCAAAACCCUUUCCCAUUUUAGCAAUUUUGAUUAUAUAAUAAUUAAUGGAGGUGAUGUAAGUGCCUUAGGUGUUCAUGCUUCUAUCGAAUUGAACAAGAUAUUUGAUUUUAUAAAAAGAAGGAAAAAUAAAAAAUGUGUUAUUUUUUUUGAUGAAGCUGAAGCGUUUUUAAGAAGAGGUAGAAAUGAAUCAUCAGCUCAUUUGUCAGAGAGCCUUCGAAACGCAUUAGCUACUUUCCUUUACCACACAGGAACGGAGUCCAAAAAAUUUUGUAUCAUUUUAGCUACCAACUGUAGGGAAAUCUUGGACCCAGCUGUCAUCGAUCGAAUGGAUGAACAAUACAUUUUUGAUUUUCCAAAAAUUAAUGAAAUUAGAAAAAUGCUUUCUCUUUAUUUUAAUAAAUACGUCUUCCCUUUGAAAAGGUACGACAUUGUUGUGGACUCUUCCAUAGACGAUCUCUACUUAGAUGUGUUAGCUAGUCGUCUCGUUGGUUUAUCAGGCAGACAAAUUUCUAAGCUCUGCCUCAACAUACAGAAUUGUGUGUUCGGUAGCAAUUCUAAGGUGGUUUCGAAGGACCUCAUUGAUUUAAUUGUUAGUUGGAAUUUGAGCAAUUCGUUUGAAACACGCGGGGACAUGCAGACCAACAGGCACGUCUCUGCUCCUACCCCAAGGGGAUCUUCCAGUGGCAUUUCACCUGGUGCCACUAAAGAAGGCGAAUCAAACUCAGGGACCAACUCCGGGAAGAAUUCUCGACCCGACAUGGGUAUGGGCAUGGGUGCAAAUAUGGAGUCCCACUUGGAGGGGGAACCCAGCACGGUCACUGCAUCCAUGGCCAGAUCGAUGACAGGCCUCAAUGGAGAUGAUUCAAAGGAAGAAAAUUCACCUCAGACGAAGACCAAAGUAGUGAUGCAGCAUUGA